AUGACUAUUCGACAACAAUAUGCUAAUGAGGAGCUUGUUCACAAGCUUCGUUCAAUGCUCAAUGAUUUACCAACACUUCGUACACGAGCACUUAAAAAAUUAAAACAUUGGCGAGAAGCAGCUAUUAAACGUCUUCUUGAUCGACAACGUGAACUUGAAAAAACUUUAUUAGAUAAAUUUGAACGACUUGAAUUUGAUACACAAUUAUUUGUUGAAAAAAUUGAACGAAAAAAAGCCAAUCAACAACGACGUUGGCAAAGUGAACCAUUAGAUUAUCAUAAUAAAAGUGAAAUUGAUCGUAUAUCGACAAAUUUACGAUCAAUUCGAAAAGAAUUAGAACAAUCAAAAUUAAUUUUAGCUGGUAAUACUAUUGAUGAUGAUAUGAAUGAAUUAUUACCUGAUGAUGUUAUACCAGCUAAAUUAGCAAGUACAUCACGCUGUAGUGAAAAUUCAUCAUUAAAAACUCCAGUACAUAAAAAUUAUGAAAAUAAUGAUCUUGGUUCAGAAUUAAAACGUGUACUCGAAAUAUGUACAAGUCCACAACGUUCAUCAUCAUCAUUAUCAGCCGAUGAGUUAUCACCUUUACCAUCAAUUGAUCAUGCAGAAUAUUCAUAUGAUGCGAAAUCAAAACAGACGACAGCUAAAACAAGUAAAACACUUGAGCCAAAACAAGGUUCACAAACUGUAGGUACACAACGACGUAAUACACGUACAAUAACAAAUGUUUCAAUACAACAACAACAACAACAACAACAACAAAAUAUUUCACCAAGUGUUAAUGAUCAAAAUAAUACAAAUGAUGGAAAUAAUAAUAAUAAAUUGUUUGCAUUUGAAUCAUUUGAUGAUUCUAUAAGACGUUUUCAACGUUUACGUGAAAUAAGAAAAAAUUUACGAACAAAAUAUGAUGAACGAUCACAACAGCAAUCUGUUGAAACAAUAUCACCAACAUCAACAAAUGCUAUUGAAAAUACUGAAACAAAAUCUGAUAAUCGUUCUGGUAUUCAACAAAAAUCUCUAAAUAAUCCUAAUCGUUCAAUAUCAAAUAGUACUCAUUCAAUUCCAUCAACCCCAUUAACAAUUAAAUCAUCUGUAACGACAAAUUCAACACCAUCAAGAAAAAAUUGUGAAACACGUCAUACAUUACUUGCACGUGAACCUGUUAGUAUUCCAAUUGAACGAGUAGCAACUAUAACAAAUUCUGAUGUACUUGAAUUAUAUGAUAAAGCAGCAAAUAGUGUUCAUAUAAAUAAUGAUGUUAUUAAUACACGUGAUCGACGACAUCGUUCAAGAACACUUGAUGCUAAUCAAAUACAAGCUGUUGAUAAUCAAAUAUAUGGAUGUCCACCAACAUCAAAAAUUAAACAACAAACACAUCAUCGAUCUGAAUCACAUAAACAUCGUAAUCAUCGUUUAUCAUUUCGUCGUUCAAGUGAAGAUACAAAAGAUAAACAAUUACAAUUAAGACAAAAUAACGAAUCUGCUAAAGAUUCUACACGUAAUGCUUUAAAUGAAACAUGGCUUGAUAUUGGACAAGAUCAUUGGACUAAUUUAUUAGAAAAUGGUUGGAGACCAACAGCUGCUACACCUGGUGUUACACCUAUUGCAAUUACUGAUUCAGAUAAUAAUAAUUCUCGUGGAAAUAAACAACAAAAUGCAAAUACAAAAACGAUUGAUCUUUAUGAACAAAUAUCAAAAACUGAAUAUAUAUCAUUAUUUGAACAACUUGAAUUUGCUUAUGCACGUACAAUCAAUUUAGGUAAUGAAUUUUGGCGUUUUCUUGAAAUAAAUGGCAAUCAUCAUUUAUGUCUUUAUCAUCAACUUAAUAAACAAUUUAUUAUGUUUAAACCAGAUGUUUCACUUUUAUGUUUUCCUUGGCCAUACGAUGGUAUUAUUGAUAUAUCAUGGUCAAAAACAACAAAUACAUGGAUUGUUGCUACGCAAACACAAAUUAUUAUUUCCAAUAAUUCAUUCAGUAAAAUUCUUCAAUCAAUUGAUAUAAAUGGUGAUUGGCCUAAACGUAUAACAUCAUGUCAAUCAUCUAUUUUUCAUACAUAUAAAAUUACACCAUCGUCUUUAACAUCUUCAUCAAAUUCAUCUCAUAAUGGUACAUCAUAUAACAAAGAUCGUCCACAAUUUUUACUUGAACGUUAUGAUUAUAAAUUACAUUCUAUAGGUAAACAUAUUCUUGAAUCAUCAACAAUAUGGGAUAUUGAAGCUGAUGAUAUUACUGAACAUGUAGCUGUUUUAUGUGAUGUAGCUUUACUUAUAUUUGAUUAUCAAUUAAAUUUAUUAAAACAAAUUGAAGUCACUGGUUUUAAAGUAAGCACAGAUCAUUUUGGUGGUUGGAUUAUUGCUGAUUAUAAUGCAUCAUGUAUAUGGCAAAUAAGACGAGAUGAAUAUUUAAAAGCAAAUAAAAUUUUACAUGUUGAACGACCAUGGUCUAUUAUAAUUGAUCGAAGUACAUGGACAUUAGUUACAUUAAGUGAAACACAAAAUCGUGCUAAACGUUUAUUAUUUUUCAAUAUGAAAAAUCUUCCUAUAUCACUAUUAACAACUAAUUCAAUUCGAUCACAAUCUCAACUAUCAAUAUCAACAUCAUCGUCAUUAUCAAAUUCAUUAACAUAA